GCGAAUUGAUCCGGGGCUAGAGCCGAGGACGAGGGUACGGCAGCCUGAUCGGUCAGCUGCUGCGCCUGCGCACGGGCCGGCUGAUUUGAGGGAGAGGAGCAGGAUGUCGGGGCGGCCGAGCCGGAUCGCGGUGGUGGUGGAGGACCGGUGCCGGCCCAACAAGUGCGGCCAGGAGUGCCGCUGGCGCUGCCCCGUCAACGCAACCGGGCGCCAGUGCAUACAAGUUAUGCCAUCGUCAAAACUCUCCUUAAUUUCUGAGGAUCUGUGCAUUGGAUGUGGUAUUUGUGUGAAGGUAUGUCCAUUUAAUGCUAUUCAAAUUAUAAACCUGCCAAGGGAACUUGACAAAGAGACAACACAUCGCUAUGGACCAAAUUCAUUCAAACUUCACCGGCUGCCUGUUCCAAAGCCUGGACAAGUUUUGGGUUUGGUGGGGACAAAUGGUAUUGGGAAGUCAACUGCUCUUAAAAUUCUGGCUGGAACGUUGAAACCCAACUUGGGUAAAUUCACGGAUCCUCCAAAUUGGGAUGACAUUCUAAAGCACUUUCGUGGAUCUGAACUUCAGAAAUACUUCACUCGCCUUUUGGAAGACAAAAUGAAGGCAGUUAUUAAAUAUCAGUACCUCGAUCAUAUCCCAAAAUCUGUUGAAGGGAAGGUUGGUGACCUUCUUAACAAGAAAGACGAGAGACAAGUCAAAGAUACAUUGUGUGAUAUUCUUGAACUGAAACAAGUAAUGGACCGAAAGGUCUCAGAUCUAUCUGGUGGCGAGCUCCAGAGAUUUGCAAUAGCUGCCCGAGCUAUGGAAAAUGCAGAUAUUUAUAUGUUCGAUGAACCAUCCUGCUAUCUGGAUGUGAAACAGAGGCUGAAAGCAGCACAAGUCAUUCGUUCAUUACUUCAUCCCAAAAAUUAUGUAAUUGUUGUGGAGCAUGAUCUAAGCAUUCUUGACUACUUAUCAGACUACAUAUGCUGUCUUUAUGGGAGUCCCGGAGCAUAUGGUGUCGUCACUUUGCCCUCUUCAGUCAGAGAAGGAAUCAAUAUUUUCCUGAAUGGUUUUAUCCCAUCAGAAAAUAUGCGUUUCCGUGAGGAGAAACUUACAUUUAGGGUUACUGAGUCUGCUGAGCAGAUAACAGAGGGUGAGACUUACCAAAGCUACAAGUAUCCUACCAUGGUGAAAACACAACCUGGCUUCAAGCUUUCAGUCAUGAAAGGAAGUUAUAAUGAUUCCCAAAUAAUUGUAUUGCUUGGCGAGAAUGGUACUGGGAAGACAACAUUUAUCCGUAUGCUGGCGGGACGAGUGAAGCCAGAUAAAUUGGGAGACGAAGAAGUUGAUAUGCCUGCGUGUACAGUCUCAUACAAACCUCAGGAACUGAUAUCCAAGAUUAGCUCUACCGUGAGAGAGCUUCUACAGAAGAAAAUACCUGGAUCUUGCAGUCAAGCACAGUUCAGAUCUGAUGUCAUGAAACCACUGAAAAUUGAAGAACUCAUGGACAGGCAGGUUGCAAAUCUUUCUGGCGGGGAGUUACAAAGGGUUGCACUUUGUCUUUGUCUCGGAAAGCCUGCUGAUAUUUACCUCAUAGAUGAACCAAGUGCGCAUCUUGAUUCAGAGCAGCGCCUUCUUGCAGCAAAGGUCAUAAAAAGGUUUAUCCUUCAUGAAAAGAAAACAGCUUUCGUCGUCGAGCAUGAUUUUAUCAUGGCAACAUACCUUGCUGACAAGGUAGUCGUCUUUGAGGGAAAACCUUCUGUUGACUGUACUGCAAAUGUGCCUGAACCCCUGGCAUCUGGGAUGAACCGCUUUCUAUCACAUCUAGAUGUCACUUUUAGAACAGAUCCAACAACUUACAGGCCUCGGAUUAACAAGCUUGGAUCUACAAAGGACACCGAGCAGAAGGCUGCAGGGUGUCACUACUACCUUGAUUAUUAACAAAGCUCCCGCCAAGGGCACAUCUACAUUUUGCGAAAGCUCCAAUGGUGGCAAUCAGCUCAAAUGCUCAUGCUAUCCUUUUCCUAAAUGCAAGUGCAUUAGGGUCGGCCAGUGCUAUCGGGCAUUUUUGAAGCUUGUGGGCGUGAACACUAUGGGCCACCAAAACACCUUGGCAAAGUAUCCAUUUUUGUGUCUGCCAGUGCUCUCGGGCACGUCUCCAGGCCAGUACACUUGCAGACUUGAAUUCUAUGGAUUGGCAACUCGAACCUUGGCAAAGUAUUAUAGCAGCGGAGGUCAUAUUGAAUGACAUUUGGAAUAAACUAGCAUGCAGCUAUUAAUUACCUGAAUGGUUUGCAGUUUGAGCAAGUAAUGAUAUGAAGGUCAACUGCAUUGUUGAAGACUCAGAAUAAGAUGAAUAUCCAAAGAAAAGAUGGAUCUGCUUAUAGCCUGCAGUUAUAUGGAAGUUUGAGUGAAUUUCUUGUCAGUUCGUUUCAGGCCACUCUGGACUUUUCCAUGGUUUAAUAUUCGAUCAUCAGGAAGCUUUUAUGUAUUCUCAUCAAAACCUUGGAUUGAGUUUUUAAUUUUCAGGAUUUUUCUUGAUUGAAGCUGAGUUGUGAGCUUAUCAAAAAGUAUUUUUCUUACUAUCGAGCACUUUAUUAUCUUACUAGAGAUAUGAAUGUUAAAUGUUUACCCUGUUAUGGUGUUUACCUGCCUAUGUGUUUCAAUAUCCUGUUGCUGCUUUCUAACAAAUGAUACUUUGUAGUCUCAUGGGUUAAAUAUAAUUAUCCUUACACUUGUA